AAUGAUUCACAAACUACAUCUGAUAAUUACAAAAAUGAACGAUAUCAAAUAGACGAUAAAAAAGUGAAGUAUGGAGGGUGGUUUGACUCAAUUUUUUCAAGUUUUGUUAAUUUAUUAACACCAACCAAUCCUAUUCAAAACGACGGAUCUACAGGAGGAAAUGUACCACCUCAUAGUGCACCUAAUGUUGAUAGAUCAGAAACUUCAACAACAUCUGCAUCUGUAAAGGUACCUGAAGAUGAAAAAUUAUCAAGUCCUCCUAGACCUGAAGGACCAAGAGCAAACAAUAGAAAUGAAAAUAAUCAAAAUGCAGAUCCAUUUAACCACUAUUUUGCAUGGGAAAUUGGAGGCGGUGCUCCAACGUAUAAACCCGAAAACAAUAAGAACGAUAAUAUUUUGCUAGAACAAAUAAAAAUUACCUCAUGGGAUAAAGAAGAUAUAAUUAAAGAAAAUGAAGACACAAAGCUCGAAAUUCAAGAAACUGACGAAACUGAUGAAACUGACGAAACUGAAGAAACUGAAGAAACUGAGGAAACAGAAGAUAAUUUAGAUAUGGAAAAUGAAAACGAAAUUGUGGAAGAUGAAUUACAAGAAAAUGAAGAUGAUGAGGAUAAUGUAAAUUUAGAAGAUAUUAAUAAA